AUGGCGCUGAGCAGGAAGGUGUUUUAUUUUGUCUUGGCCUUUUUCUUCAUGUUGGCUCAAUUUCCAUCAGGGUGCCAGGCAGGACUCCAGUAUUCCCAGCCACUCUCAGCAGGUGAUAUGUCGCCCUGUGAGCCGUGCUGGCUCGGUCGGGGCAAAUGCAGGAAGAUGUGCAAUGAGGACGAGAAGAUUGUCGGAAAUUGCAAAGUGAACUUUUUCUGUUGCCGACGGAGGAUCAUAUUUUAUUGUCCUCGUUUAUAUUUGAAGAAACUGAAACCAGGAGGUUGUCAUUUGCUCAAGGUCAUAGCUGGAAAUGAGCAAAGGGUGUGCAGACCACCACCAUGUUCUGUGUAUUCAUCCUUAUGGACUAA